AUGUUUUCAUUGGUAUUGGCCCAAUGUGCACCAAAAAGAGUACCAAAAUCCGGAUCUUUUCUUGGAUGCACAGAUGAUAACACAUGGGAUCCUUCCAAUCAUGGAGAGGAUGUUGUGAUUGGCUCAAAAAUAUUCAGCUUAGGUCCCAAACAAUUUGCAUGCAUGAGAGGCGAUUUUGUUCUUGAAUCAAAAGAUAAGUUUAUUGCAUAUACAGGAAACAAAAGUUCUACCUUGCAAUUCUCGAAUCCUUUUUAUAUACACCCUGAUUCAGAUCAAGAUAUGGACAUUAUCAAACUCACAUGCGCAGAAAGCACUGCAUCAUGCAAGAUUCAAACUGCAACAGUUUUUGCAACUGAUAUUGGGGAAGAAACGAAAACUUCAAGCGUUCAUAUUGUUGGAAUAUUUUCUACCAGGUCAAAUGUUACAUAUGGAUAUGAGUGCAGAUUUGAAGAAAGUGAAAAAAGAAGUUUACAUGAUUGCUUACAUGUUGUUUCAUUUGGCCCAAAUAUGAGAACAAUGAACUUUACUGCAGAUAACAAUAACGUGAUUGGUCAUAUAUAUAAGCAAUCAAAAUCCUCAUCUAAUCCAAACUCUGAUUUUGGAUUGGGAUUAAUUCCAUUGUUGGAAGAUGAUGUAAAUCAAUCAUCGGUCAAAUCAAAAUUCAAUGUAACAGUUGAGACAUAUCCAAAUCCUCCACAAAUAGACUUUUUGUUCGAACUUGAGAAAACCUAUGUUUUACCAAAUAAAGUUGUUUCAGCAACCAAACAAGAAGUUGAAGAGAAUAGCAAGAAGUAUAACUAUGAAAUCUUACCUCCUUCUCCGCUUCCAACUCCAACACCAACUGAGAAACCAAGAAAGUUCAGUGAGUUAUCCCUUGCCAUCAUUAUUUCUCAAGCAGUUGUCAUUGCUAUUCUCAUUCUCAUUGUUAUCUUCUUUGUCUUUAUUUACUUUCACAAGCCAAAAGAGGUAACCAAAUCAGAUGCCGCAAUAGCACAAUUGAUUUAG